AAGAUAAGCAUCCUUCCCCCACUUUUUGCUGUUGUGCAUUGUAUCACACCCAUUUUAGGUAAAAAGAAUACUGUGAAAAAAGAAAUGAUGAUUUUCAUAAGAACAUCUUCUUAAUGGCCAGAGGCAAUAUAUCGCUUGAUGGCCAGGAACUGUGAAAAACAUUUUGUUGGACUUAAUCGAGUUUUUCUUGAAGAGCAAUGGAAAAGAGAAGAGGACCUAAAACGGCCUCCAUUGUAUACCUUAAAAACUGCUGACGAUGUACGUAAAUGGAUCCCAAGUAUUAAACGAGAUCUAGAUUAUUAUCUUCGCCAACUUAGUGGUGCACGAAAGCAUGAUUACACACCUGCUAAAUUCGAUGAAUUUGAAAAGAAGGUUGAGGAUCUACAUCGAGAACAUAAACGCUUUGUAAAAAAAGUUUUUGAGUUAGACCCAUCACAGCAAGGAGUGCCGUGGGAACCGAAGGGAUACACAUCUAAGCGUAAACAAAACCAACAUGAAGAAACUGAUGUUCAAAUACCGAAUACUAAAAAGAAAAAAAUUGUGUUAAAUAUUUUAAAAAAGGAAAAAGCUGAAGAAAAGAAAUGAUUAUAUUUGGUAUUAAAUAAAGAAAAUUUGCUUUUGAUAUUUAUAUGUUUAGUUUUUAUGGGUGUAAUAUAAUUUAUAUAGGUAAACAGCACUUAUUUCAUUGUUCACCUAUUGACAAAUUAUGUUUUUAAAGUUUUCAUCAUUCAACAUGAAAUUAAAUGCCAGAAAUAAAA